CUUCUUCUUCUUUCCUUUGUUUCCGCUGUUGUUUUUGUUGUCGUUGUUGUUCGCUUCCAUGCUACAAAUCCAUGGCGAUGGAGAGGCAGAGGUUGUUAGAAAGAGUGCUAGCUUUGCGUCGUGAUUGAUCCGCCUCCUCACCUUUCGGCUCCGAGCUUUUAUUUUUUUCUACCGCGGCUUCUGUAGUUCUUUUUGUUUGAUACUUGAGGGAAGGAUGGAGUUGAAGCGUGAUUUGAAUUGGCUUGAGGAUGCAACGGAGGUGUCGGCGUCUUACUGUAGGUGUUAUGAGUUUUGAACUGUUCUUACAUGGCUUGAGUAGAGACGGAGAGAUAUUGUUGAAGGAGAGCAGGUUAUGAUAAGAGGUUUUGUUGUUGUUGUUGUUGUUGUUGUUCAUCGGUUUUCACGUGUGCUGCAUGUGGGGGAUGUUUGGUGGUGUUCUUUGUCUAGGAGUUCGAUUGUGGUGGUGGUGAAGUGUAUUUUUGAGGCGCAUUAGUCGUGGUUAGUCGCAUUUGGACGAUAGAGUACAGUGGGUUUUUGGAACGAUUUUGGGGAAGUGCGUUAGAAUUCCUUCCAGAUUACGAGUGUGGUUAUUGCAUGGUUUGUAUCUUGAGAGUGUUAGUGGUUCAAAAUAUUUGACAAGUAUUUGGUGGACUGGCUUAGAUAAGGCUGGAUCAUUUUCUUAGACAACUGUUGGGCGUCUUGCAGGGUCUUAGAAAGUGUAUCUUCAACUCAGCUACUGUGAUUAAGACUGUUGAUACAAUGUGUUUGCUGCAGUCUUCGUUUGAAAAUGCUUCUAAUUAGUCAGAUAUCGAUCAUGUAAGGACUUUCAUUGCCAGCCGUAAACGUUUAUUGUUGUAAGACUUUCAGGAUCUAUCUUGUGGCUGCGAAAGGGGCUUGUCGAGGUUUCAAUCUUAGUUCAUUGUACGCAUGGCACAUGUGGUCGAGAGCAUAUUUGCAUUUAAGAAGCCUCGGGCCAGAUUUGAAUUUGUACGAUUGGAUCAAACUGGAUGAUCUCGUCCAACAUUAUCAACUGGGUCAGUGAGUUUUCUUUGUUUCCAAAUUGAUCCCAAACAUUUUCUGCAAGGUACUCGAGGAAGCUCCUUGACGCAUGAGAAUUAGGUCUUUCUGCAGUGUAAGAGGGAAGUAACAGACGAUCGUUGAGACAAUUUGGCUGUGAGGAUCUACUUGCAAUAUGCUUGCAAUCUCGAGUUUGGCAGCGAAACCAUGAUAUGUGCCGAAGCUUAUGAAGACAUGAUUGCGGAGGCGUACUAGUCUUCCUAAGUUUUUGGCAUCCUCGACUGCAUGAUAAUCUUUGGUUGGGAUGCUGGGCUUUAGGGAGAGGCUGCAUGCCUAUGCACCAAGAUUGCAUGAUUUAUUGUCAGUGCUGGAUUUGCGCUGUGGCAUGACGCAAGGAGCGGAGUGUUUCCAAAACUUUUCAGACUUUACAAAACCACGUGGACUCAAUUCAUAGAUAACUGUCUAUGUUUCUCUAUUUCAAGUGUGUGACGUGGUACAAGAAACAUUCCCGGUUCCAACACUCACGAUCAUGAGAAUCUAUGACGAUGCUGUAUCUUGUGAAAUUAUAGACCUUUUAAAAUCAGCCCUAAAGAUUCUCCGGUAGCUGCGAGGCAAGACUCAAAAUUCUGGAGUAUAUUUAAAGGACAUGGCCAGAAGAAUCGUCACCUGUUGCCGUGCACACUGAUGUCUGAAUUGUCCAAAUGCAGGACGUAUCCUACCCCAGAAACCAGCAUGUGUUUUUUGCUGAAAUGGUCCAACCCGAAGAAGCAACCUCCCUCAGCCGCUGUUUCGGUGGCGCCUUCUAAAGCCAGAUCAAGGCCCAGGGUUACUGAUAAGAGCAUCGCACAGUCAUACAAUAGUGCUAACCAUACCAACUCCAGUAAAGAUUCUUCGCGAUCAUCCGGCAGUGCCACAUCGUUGACCAACAUCCGAGAGAUGCUCUCUGAUGGUCCUAUAAUUUUCCAGUUCAGGGAUCUUUGCAAAGCCACUGACAAUUUUAGUGCAUUAAAGAAAGUCGGCACUACAGUGUACCGAGGAAAUCUGCAGAAGACCGACAUGGCAAUAGUGGUGGACACAAGAAAAGGAGCAGGUGGGGAUAACUUUGCUGCAGAAAUUAAGAACUUGGGAAGCAUACAUCAUGCCAAUUUAGUGAGGUUGCUGGGAGGCUGUAUUAACGGAGAACAAGUUUACCUCGUCUAUGAUUACAUCAAUGGAGGCAACCUAUGGCACUAUCUUCACAGUAAUAUCUCUCCCGGAUUUUCAGCGCUUCCGACUUGGAUGUCACGGAUUCAGGUGGCUCUGGAGAUUUCCAAAGGAUUGGAGUAUCUACAUCACCACACACAUGUGCCGACUUUACAUAAAUACAUAAAGAGCACCAACAUUCUUCUGGAUGAUGAUCUUCAUGCCAGGAUAGCAUUUUUUGGAGUCGCAAAAAUCAGGGGAGAGUUAGGAGCACUAGAAGUGACACCCAAGACUGCAACUGAGGAAGGGGAGAUUGUAGAAGUGAAACCAGGAAAUCGUGGAAUUCGAAGGUCUCGUAGCAUCAAAAUUACAGGAACCCAUGGGUACAUGGCCCCAGAGUAUCUAAACGGAGGUGUGAUAAGUCCGAAGCUUGAUGUGUUCGCUUUUGGAGUGGUUUUGCUAGAAAUAUUGUCUGGCAAGAAAGCUGUCAGCUUUCAGGCUAGUGCAGGUGCAAAUGCUUUGAGGAAAACUCUUCUUACAGAAGUCAUAAUGUCAAUCUUUGAAGAUAAGGAUCCCAAAUGUAGGAUACGAGCUUGGAUUGACCCUGUGCUACGAGAUGACUUCCCUUUAGAUUGUGCCCUGAAAGCUGCCAAAUUGGCGAGAAGCUGUGUUGAUCCAGUUGCUAACAGGAGACCAGAUAUGAGCAAUGUGUCGAUGACUUUGUUGCAGAUUCAGAUGUCUUCUAAGAUAUGGGACGAUAAAAUGAAAAACUCAAAAGACGUUCUGACGACUAUGUUGCAGGCCAGAUGAGCAUUGGUAGAGGCAGGCUCAGUUGUAGAUGAAGAAGAUACACAACAAUGCCAAGUGAAAUUGGGCUAUAUCUUUCUUCAGUUUGUUCUACGCAAACUGUUAAGUUGACUUAGUUUGUAUAGCAAAAGAAUGACAGACUGCCAGAUUAAGUAGCUAUUGGUCGAGAGAGUGCAUAUCACCAAAAUUUCGACAAACAAAGAGGCCCCUAUUUUUUAACAACAGUGUUACGAAUGUGAGUGAAUCCGAAGGCUCGGAGAAUUAAACAAUGAAACAAUGUUAGUGUUGCUUGCUCGAAUUCACUAAUCCCUUUAUUGCCGUUUUGUUAAA